CGCGGGGUUGGAUGAGGCUGUGGUUAUCCGGCAAAUUGAUGUCUGGUGACUCUUUCACUUCUCGAAUAGGUCGGUUUGGACGUACCUCUACUGAUGAUAUGGCAGCGUGUUUUUGUGUUUCAAUAGGAAGCUAGCCCUGUACUUAGAGUUGCGAAGGGUACCAUACCUGCCUUGGCAAAAUACCCAUGAAUGAUAAAGUUACUUCUCGGCGAAUUGGAAAAUUCAGUUUCAACAACCAUUUAACACUUUUUUAUUAUUCUCUUUCGAUACAAUGUUUUGUAUUUUUUAUAUUUUCUUUUUCGCCAAUUAUUUAUAAUGUAAGGUAAACUAUUCUUUCUCAACUCUCGGAUUAUUCUCAGCUCAAAAAUUUUUCAACCAUAAGAUGAUGAUGAUGAUAAUGUUGUCUUCAUUAUCAUCGUUAUUAUCAUUAGUAUUCAUCAUUAUCACCAUCAUUAAACUUUUUAUAAUUUCUGUGUGAGUUUUCAUAAUCAUAUUGAUAUUUUGUCAGUCUCAGUUGUCAUAUGUCUCAUCUCUAACUGUAUAGCCAUAAGUUACAUUUAUCUGUCAGAUGGAAGACAAACAAAGUGGCCCAACAAAUGCUGAGUUACCAAAAGAUCAACUAGAAAGCAAAGACUCAUGUGGUGAUGAAUUACAGUCUGAUGGAGAUGGUGAAGAAAAGCAAGCAGAAGGGAAUGGCUUUGUAACACAGUUAGCAGACAGUCAGUCUUUAAGUUCAGAAGAUUCAUCCAAGAAUGAUGGUUUGAGGAGCAAAAUCCCUCGUGUCAACUGUCCAGAGCACAUUGUAAGAAUUACUUUUUAAACAGAAAUGUACUCAAUAUUUUCAGACUUUAAAGCAUAGAAUCUAAUUGGAGAACCAUAUAUAUCUACCUACAUUCAGAGUCCUCCUCUGCCAUGUUUUUUGAUGAUUCACAUGCACAAGAAGUGUAUUGUUAUUUUCAUUAGAAAUAUGUUUAUCUGUUACUUUUUAAGCUUCAACUGCAGCUGAAUCAGUAUAGGAGAAAAGUUUCUUUUCUGUUAAGUCACUUCUAGUUAUUUCUAUACCUAUGUUCUCACAGGGUUCCUUCAUGUGUGUUAUCUGUUCUUUUAAGUUUUGUCCUAUUGCAUAUAUGCUAACUCUCCUGGAGUAUCCAGGAGUCUCCUGGAUACUGAGCCAAUCCCCUGCUUGCCUGUAUGGGUGACCAAAUCUCCCGAAUAAUAGGAAGUUUGGAUCAGUUGCCCACAAAAAACUAAGAUUUAAGCUCCAUAUGUUCCAAAAUUCCAAAAUCAUGUGGCUUCUUAUGCUUGUAGUACGGUUUCUGGCUUCAUUUUCUUGCAUGAUGCAUGUUGUUCAUUGUAAACGAAAAGAGGAGAGUUUCUUCUUUGUUACUCCCAUAUAAGGAAGAGUCUGAUUGGAUGAGUAUUGAACCAUUUGAAGUCCCUGACAGAUAGAUCCACAUUUUUCUAGAUGUUAUUACUUUUUAUUAAUACCUUAUAUUAUGGUCAUUGUUAUCUUUUGAUAGUUAUUAGCAUAAAUCAUAUUAUAAAUUGAAACUGUAAGCCAUAACAAGUUACACUUAAGGAAAGUUUUGAUUCUAUAAUCAUCGAUUUAUUAUUCAUUUGAACAUAUCAGGUUACUUUUGAGGAUAUCUGUUGAAAGAACUUCGAUGAAAAUAUUUGCUCAAAUUGUUUUUUCAGAUAUUAUGUUUGGAUGUAUCAUCAGAGAUGAAGUCAACAUCAUUUCAAAAUAAAAGUGUUUCAGAUAGGUGAUAUUCUAUAUUCUUUUUCAUCUACUAAUAGAGGUUUUUGGAUUGACUGCUCAGUCAUUUAGAAGGUUCCAAAUUAUACACAAACAUUUCAGGGACUGUUACUGUAACUUUGUUAUUACUUCAAAUAUUUUUAGAGUAAAACCUGAAAGCAUAAAGCAGUUUAUCUUUGACAUUUGUAUAGGACAGCAUUUCAGCUGGUCCAAAGGGCAGGAGAAAUCUUUGUGAAGACCAAGUCAAAACUGAAUGCACAGCACAAGUUUUGUGUUGUUGGCCUGGAUGAUAUUCCUACUUUUGUAAGUUUUUGAAGUCUUCAGAAAUAUUCAAAGAGAGACUUUCUAUCUUUUGACUUAUGGAGAAAACUGAUUUUUGGAGACAUAUGGUGUAUUUGUCAGACAUAUGGUGUAACCUGAAUGGAAAGGAUUGUAGAAAUGAGAGUAAACCUGACAUACCCCAUUUGAAUUAUGUUUAUAAUCUUACCACAAGAGACAUGACUUUGUAAAGUUUUUCCACAGGUUUUUGAGAAAGCUGCCAUUUAUUACCAAAAUGAUCUUUUUUGUUAGUUAAAUACAGAAUUUAGAAAAAGCAGUUGAUGCAUUUUAGUCUUCUAAUUAUGGCCUUUGUUUAAAUUUUUUUUUAAUAAAAUUUUUUUAGCAGAAUGAUUUCACCAGUGAUGUGGUAAAUAUCUGCAGCAUGCUAAACCUUCUUCAUCCAGUAGAUGAACUUUCAACAGAUGGGGAAUAUGAUAUCCUUUAUAAAGACUAGCCUGUGCUGUGCACUUACUUAAAACCCAGUGUUCUCCUUUUCAGGCAGUAACCAGUAACAUUUACUGCCUGUAGUACCUCUUAUUACCAUUUAAAGUUGCUUGGAAUUCUUGAUAAUUCAAUAAGUAAAAGGAUUGCUUUACCAGUUUGAAAAUUUAUUUUACCUGUCAUGCUUAAAAUAAGGGAGAACACUGAAAACCAUAAUCUGUUUUGUACUAUGUAACUUUUAUUUAUUUUCUUUGGAGAGGAGUGAAUGAUUGUAACUUAUACAUUGUUGAAGUAUUCCGUUCUCACUAAAUUUAUUUGACAUUGAAUAAGAAGUUACAAGUGGACAGUAAAUUUAAUGGAACCAGUGUCUAGAAUGCUGAAAGUUAUCACAUGAAUUCCUACUCUUUAUCUCUGCUAAACUACUUUUAUUUUCAUUUGGGGAGAGAAAUUUUGGUAUAUAUGCUAAAUGUGACUUACUGGGAGGUUAUAUUCUUGUUGAAUUUUAUCCUUGAUGGUCAUUUCAAACAUGGCAAAGUUAUUUGAAGCAAUGUAAGUUUUUCUCUAUAACUUAUAAUGCAUCUGAUAAAUUUUAGUCAAGGAAAGGCUGAUAUUUAUCAUAAAUAUGUUGUUACAGUGAGUUAGCUUGACUUGGUACCAGUGUAGCUAUUCUGCCUUGAAAAAAAUUACAGGGGUGAGGUUAUGAGCAUUAAAUUCCAAAUUUUAUGUGGGUGGGGUUUUAAUUUUUUUUCAGGUUUGUUUCAUUUUGCAUGUUCAAUUUUGAGGUCAACUACUUUUAAAAGAUCUUUGUGGGUCAUUGUUGAAUGUGGAAAGUAAUAUAAGGAGAUAUAGAAAGUUAUGAGCUGUGUCUCUUUCAGAUUUUGAUCUCUUAAAUUUAAAGUUAUUUUUUACUGACUCUUGGAAAAUUAAACUUUUUUGGGUUUACCUUUCAUUUGAUAUUCAGUUUAUUUUUACUCUGUGCUUAUCUCUCACAGACAACAAAAUGUUACUUUACCACAUGUAGAAGACAUAUCACUGCCUCCUCCAUAUGUUGUACGACUUAUUAUAGUGUAUGGACGAUCUUACUGCAUACCAGUCAUGUCUACAAGAGCAAAGGAGGUCUGUUUGAGAGAGCUGGUUUAUUUGUUAGUCUUUUCUUAAACGAAACAUCACUUGAUUGCUUUUAUACUACUUUUUCAACUCUUCUUUUCUCUAAUUUCCUGGUACAGGUCAUCAUGCACUUUACCUUGAAUUCAUUUGUUUUGGUACUGUUGAUUGACAAUAACAUAACUAAAUUUGGAAGUAUUGGUGUGGUACCAUUUAGAAUAUGAUUUGAAUAAAAUGAUAUAACAUUCUUGCAACUCUGAGAAAGUAGACCAAUUUGCUGUGAAUUUUUUUGUACCUGAGGUAACAAUGAGUGUUACUUAAUCCUUAAACGAAGGCAAUGAAGGAGUUAAUGGCAAGACUUUAUGGUCUCUGCAUCCAAUGAUUUUUUCUGAAGGUGUGAUUGAUUCUGUGUCUGUGCCUAAUACUUAAGAAAAGCCUAGGAAACCACUGAAAAAAGUGCACCCUCCAGCUUUAACCAAGGGUAGAUGAAGCUCAGCAUACAUAAAGGUUUGAUUGAUGUUUAAAAGACCAUUUUUAUUGUAAUUUGCAGAUAUUUUCACAACUGUCUGCCUGCCCAUAUUUCUUUCUUGAUGUUCUUUAUGUUCAUGAGCUUCCAUCUGAAAUGAAUCUGUGUAAAGUAAGUCAUUGAGAAUCUUCUAUAUUUCUUGAUUAGAUUUUGAUUGCUUUGUUUUUUGAGGCCAAUUGUGACUUCAGGUCUCAGUUCAAGUAAGGCACUUUUCCAUUUGAUGGUAUAGAUAAAAUAUAUAUAAAUAAAACAAUCAUGAAUUUUCUGAAAAUAAUUACCACAAACAUCUGCUUGUAAGCUGCACUCACAAAUAAGCCCCACCUUGAGUUUGGCAACAAAAAUUUGGAUAAAAAGUUUUCAAAAAUGUAUUGAAAAAAAAAUAAAAAAAAAAACAGGUGAAGUCUUGAGAAAGUUGAGCACUAAUAUUAAAAAUGGAGAAUACUUUGAAUACUUGUCUAUAGUUUUACCUGUAAUAGUAUGGACAUGAUAUCUUCUGAGUUAGACUUUUGGUUGAUCUUACUCUGCUGUACCUCUGAUUUGUUUGGAAAAUUUCAGGUUAAAAGGUGCGGCUUAUAUGCUGGUGUUUGUGGUAUGCAGAUUACUUUGUUAGGGGAAGUCCCUAAGAAAAAUUCUUUUUUAGUGUUAUACAGGCUAUCUUCAUUAACAAGUGAACACUUAAUCUGUAUAACAUUCACCCCACGACUAGGAAUACAAAAAGAGGAACUUAAGAUUGAAACAAUAGAUCUCUAAACAGACUGAAAUGGAGCUGGAGUAAAGUAAAGAGGAACUUAAGAUUGAAACAAUAGAUCUCUAAACAGACUGAAAUGGAGCUGGAGUAAAGUUGUUGUCACGGAGGUUGAUGAAGCAACAAGCUUAUUGCUCCACAAAGGUGCCGAUGAACUUCAUCGUAAAUAUGACCUAAUAUUUUGUACUGUAAUUUAGGAAAUAUAUGAUAUUUUCUGUGACAUGGACGAAGAAGAAGAUGGGUUUAUGUUGGAAGUAUCACGCAGUACAACGCGGCUGUUUGACCAUAUGGCAGCAUUGGUGGCACAUCCGUUACAAAGACCUAAACAACGCGAUACAUCUUACACCCUGACAUUAAGAGAAGAUUAACCACGAACUAUAUUUCAAUCAGGACACUUCAGUGCUCUAGUGAAGUGAUAUGAAUUAAUCCAAUUAUUUUGUAAACAGUUUUUAGAAUAUAUAUUAAUACGGACCUUCCGUCAUAGCACAGCGCUCCAUCCACGAAACAAAACAAAUCUGACAAUAUUUACAGGAAACUUGAAUAUAGUACACGAUAUCAUCACAUAUACAGUGUUUGCACGGAACUCUAAUUAAAGGGUUUCACACUGAUAUUGUGAAAUACAUCUGCACAACUCUUCCUUUGAAACCAAUCACUGAUCAAAGACAAUUUUCCAAGUGGUGUGUGAUUUGUUCCUCAGAGAUUAACUGGAACCUGUUACUGUUCAGUCAAAGUGUUUCAGUUGUACUUUGAGUAUCAAAGGUGUUAAUGUGAGGAUCAUGCCUAUCAAUGCAUAACAUAUUGUGUCAAUUGAUGUUGUGUAUCCUUUGUUUCUGAUUAAGACAUAAAAAUGUUAUCACUUAAUUACCAGUUAGCCAAGCCAUUGUAUUGUUCCUCUCAGUUACUAACUAGCUGACUGUUUUAUAACAGGGUUAAAACUCGGUUAUACUCGAAAGGGAAUUACGAUAAAAAUCUGCCGUG